AUGAGGCGGCGGUGGCCCACUCUACGCAUACAUCCAUUCCGAAUGGCGCAAGCCUCUCCCGCUCCAUCUUUCGCUGUGCAGAGUUUGUUCACCGUUCGAGAAGCCCUCUUUUCCCUCUUUUCGUGGUGCAUCUGUCCUGCCGGGGUUCAUUUCCGAAACAGUCAACAACUGACUGCUACACCAGUUUGUGCACAAUCCACCACCGCUACCACCACCACCAUGUCCUCCUCCAAAGUAAUCAUCGUGACCGGCGCCAGCCGAGGCAUCGGCCUGGCCAUCGCUCAGCACCUGCUCAAGGAGUCUCACAAGGUCGUACUGGCGGCGAGGUCAAAGGACCAGCUGGAGACUCUGAAGGCCGCUCAUCCCGGACAGGUUGAGUACGUUGCGGGCGACUUGGGUGACCUCAAGACCAUCCCGAAGAUUGCUGAGGCCGCAGUCAAGACGUUUGGCAAGAUUGACGGCAUCGUCAUCAACCACGGCGUGCUGGAGCCCGUCACCCGCCUGGCAGACUCGUCUAUCGAUGAGUGGAAGAAGGCGUACGACAUCAACGUGUUCAGUGGACUUGCGUUGGUGCAAGCGUCUCUGCAAGAGCUGCGCAAGUCCCAGGGCUGCGUCCUAUGGGUCUCAUCGGGCGCGGCCACGGGCGCGUAUGCCGCCUGGGGAGCCUACGGCACCUCCAAGGCCGCCAUGAACCAUCUCUCCGCACACUUGGCGGUCGAGGAGCCUGACAUCACGAGCAUCGCUAUCAGCCCCGGUCGCGUCGACACUGCCAUGCAGAAGGUCAUCCGGGACGCCGGCGGCGGACACAUGGCCGAGAAGGACCACUCGUCCUUCGUGUCUGCAUUCGACAAGGGAGAGCUGUUCAAGCCCGAGCAGCCCGGCAACGUCAUGGCGCGGUUCGUCGUCAACCCCGAGCACAACCUCUCCGGCAUGUUCAUCAAGUGGCAAGCCGGCGAGCUUUCAGCGUAUCAAGACGCAUAG